CCCCGCCCCGUGGCGCCGACCCAGCCGGCCGGCCCCCGCCGUUCUCCAGAGUCGCGCGCGCUGCCCCUCGGCCCCAGGCUGCUCGGACCGCGGCAAUGGAGGAGGAGCUGAAGUGCCCGGUGUGCGGCGCCCUGUUCCGUGAGCCGAUCAUCCUGCCCUGCUCGCACAAUGUCUGCCUGCCGUGCGCGCGCACCAUCGCGGUGCAGACCCCGGACGGCGAGCAGCACCUGCCUCCGCCGCUCCUGCUGCCCCGAGGCCCAGACUCGGACCCGGCGGCCUCUGGAGGCGCGGGGGCCUCCGGGGGCGCCGUGGGGGGCGCGGCUGCAGGCGGCGGAGACCACGCAGACAAGCUGAGCCUGCACAGCGAGACGGACAGCGGCUACGGCUCCUACACGCCGAGCCUCAAGUCCCCCAACGGGGUCCGCGUGCUGCCCACGGUGCCCGCACCCCCGGGCUCUUCGGCGGCCGCGGCCCGGGGCGCCGCCUGCUCGUCUCUGGCCGCAUGCUCCUCCAGCUCCAUCACCUGCCCGCAAUGCCACCGCAGCGCCUCCCUGGACCACCGCGGCCUGCGCGGCUUCCAGCGCAACCGGCUGCUGGAGGCCAUCGUGCAGCGCUUCCAGCAGGGCCGCGGGGCGGCGCCGGGGGCGUCUGCGGCCGCGGCAGUGGCCGUCUGCCAGCUGUGCGACCGCACCCCGCCAGAGCCGGCCGCAGCGCUCUGCGAGCAGUGCGACGUGCUCUACUGCGCCGCCUGCCAGCUCAAGUGCCAUCCGUCCCGGGGCCCCUUCGCCAAGCACCGCCUGGUGCAGCCACCGCCGCCGCCCGCGCCCCCUGAGCCUGCCCCUGUAGUCUCUGGCGCGGGAGGCGGCUGCAAGAGUCCUGGGGGCGCGGGCGGUGGCGCGACGCGCAAGUUCCCCACGUGCCCGGAGCACGACCUGGAGAACUACAGCAUGUACUGUGCCAGCUGCCGGAGCCCGGUGUGCUACGUGUGCCUGGAGGAAGGCCGGCACGCCCAGCACGAGGUGAAGCCGCUGGGAGCAGCUUGGAAACAGCACAAGGCCCAACUCUCUCAGGCCUUAAAUGGAGUUUCGGACAAGGCCAAAGAGGCGAAGGAGUUCCUGGUUCAGCUCAAGAACAUCCUGCAGCAGAUCCAGGAAAAUGGCCUGGACUAUGAGGCCUGCCUGGUGGCUCAGUGUGAUGCCCUGGUGGAGGCGCUGACCCGGCAGAAGGCCAAGCUGCUCACCAAGGUGACGAAGGAGAGGGAGCACAAGCUGAAGAUGGUCUGGGACCAGAUCAACCACUGCACACUGAAGCUGCGCCAGUCCACAGGCCUAAUGGAGUACUGUCUGGAGGUGAUCAAGGAGAACGACCCCUCGGGCUUCCUACAGAUCUCCGACGCGCUGAUCAAGCGUGUGCAGGUGUCUCAGGAGCAGUGGGUCAAAGGUGCCCUGGAGCCGAAAGUGUCUGCAGAGUUUGACCUGACCUUGGACAGUGAGCCGCUGCUGCAGGCCAUCCAUCAGCUGGACUUCCUUCAGAUGAAAUGUAGGGUGCCACCCGCCCCCCUGCUGCAGCUGGAGAAGUGCUGCACCCGCAACAACAGUGUCACACUGGCCUGGAGGACGCCACCCUUCACCCCCAGCCCUGCCGAUGGCUAUGUCCUGGAGCUGGAUGACGGCGAUGGGGGGCAGUUCCGGGAGGUGUACGUCGGCAAGGAAACCCUGUGCACCAUAGACGGGCUGCACUUCAAUAGCACCUACAAUGCCAGGGUCAAGGCCUUCAACUCCUCAGGUGUCGGGCCGUACAGCAAGACAGUUGUCCUGCAGACGUCUGAUGCGUGUGUGCUUGCAAGGAUCCCCGAAGUGGCCUGGUUCACAUUUGACCCCAAUUCUGGGCACCGGGACAUCAUUUUAUCCAAUGACAACCAGACAGCCACCUGCAGCAGCUACGAUGACCGGGUAGUGCUGGGCACAGCCGCGUUCUCCAAGGGUGUUCACUACUGGGAGCUGCACGUGGACCGGUAUGACAACCACCCAGACCCCGCCUUUGGGGUGGCCAGGGCCAGCGUGGCCAAGGACAUGAUGUUGGGCAAGGAUGACAAGGCCUGGGCCAUGUACGUGGACAACAACCGCAGCUGGUUCAUGCACUGCAACUCCCACACCAACAGGACGGAAGGGGGCGUGUGCAAGGGAGCCACUGUCGGAGUGCUGCUGGACCUGAAUAAGCACACCCUGACCUUCUUCAUCAAUGGGCAGCAGCAGGGCCCCACAGCCUUCAGCCACGUGGAUGGCGUCUUCAUGCCGGCCCUCAGCCUCAACCGCAACGUGCAGGUCACCCUGCACACGGGAUUGGAAGUGCCAACAAGCCUGGGGAGGCCAAAACUGACAGGCAACUAGCCUGGCAGCUCCCACUGUCCAGCUGGCCUGUGACUGGGGCCUCGCCAGAAGGAGCUGCAAGUCCUCGUGAAGCUCCAGUAACCCAAAGGGGCAGGUGGCAACAAGCAAGUCCUGGGCACAGCUCAGCAGCCACUGAACAUCUGAGAUGGUUUCCUCAGGACGCGCUGCAGGCCACACUGCAGCCAUCACCCCAGUGGAGGACACAGGUGUGUGCUUCACCUUCUCCCACCCAAAUGUUACGGACACUCACCACAUGGGGCUCUCCCAGGGGAUCGAGGCUUUCGGGUCACGUGUAUGCUUCCUGCUGUCUGAUUGCAACGCCGAUCUUUUGUUGGAGGAGACAGGAAGGCCAGCUUCGAGGCUGGCACCCUGAGAUGGAGCCAGGAGGCUGUGAUGUCACCCCAUCACUGAGUGCUACCCCUGUGGCAGGUUCUCGUCUCUGCUGGGAGAAGCCACCCUUCAGCAUUCUGGCCCUGGGGCCUUCAGUACAUGACAUGCCACUUGCAGGCCUCAUUCAGGGCUGAUCAAAAGGGACAUUAAUCACUAAUGCUUGAGUUUUGCCUCUCUCUACUGAGAACAUUUUAAAGGGCUUCCUUAGGGUCUUAUCAAUCCACCAGUUGUAUACUGUUUUUCUUUCUGUCUCUGUCUCUGUCUCUGUCUCUCUCUCUCUCUCACACACACACACAUACACACACUCAUGGGUUUGUCCAACAGUCAACUACAUGUCAUUCCCUGAGUUCUUAGUUCUUAGCCAUAGAUGGAAAUACUGGGACUUUAAAGCCUGUGAUAUGUCUUCACCUGGAGGCGACUGUUGUGGAAUUUGCUGCCCCAGAAGCUAACUGGAAGUGUGUCCGGGCUGUUCUUCCGGGCUGGACCACCCACACACUUAGAAGCACAGGGGCUGGUGACCUGGGAAGGCCUCUCAUGUCAGUCCACCCUUUGUUUUGCAACUCCCCGUCACACUGCUGUCAGGAAAGCAUUAUACACACAAGAAGUGCCCCAAUGGCAAGAGGGUGGCUCUGCUGUGACAGGGUGAGCAGGACCUGUGAGGAGGACAGGAACUUCACGGCAACGGCCUGCGCCUGUUCUCCUCCGGCCCAAGCCCAGCGCACUGUGUCCCAUGGGCCAGGGGGCUCUGGUGUGAGUCCUCGUCCUCCUCCUGGGAACAAGACCAGGAAGAAGACAGGAAGGCCUUCCAUUCCACAUUGUCCUUCCACUUCUAGGACCUGACCCCUGUCUCCUCCCUUGUUCCCUGUGUUCUGCUCCUCUAGCUCCACCUGGAAGUCACCUUGCUCCCUCCUUUUUAAGACUCUUUUAUCAGUUAUUUGAUUUUGAUGUUGAGGACUGGCUUGUCCACUUGCUGGGGUGGAUUUUUGUAAGACUGGCACCAACUGUGCUUCCUCAGCUGCUUUCUAAUGCAGAUCCCGACUGUUUCCGAGGAUCCGCUGCCAGGCUGUGCAGGGCCAACCAUCCUACCUCGGACCUCACUCAUGGCCCGCCAUUUCCUCAGAUGAGCCCAGUUGGAUCAGCGCCCAGUGUUACCAGGAGCAACUUGGUGCUGUAUUCUGGCCUCCCUGCUGGGCUCCGGAGCCAUCUGCUCUAUCGGGGUCCAGGGCUUGAAUCUCCACUCUCCUUUCCUACCUGGUGGUUUCUGGCUGUUUACUCUAUCCCAGAGCCCUGUCAAGAGCUGUCUGUACAGGACCUGGCCUGCUGUCCUCAGCUGCUCAGCUGCUGCCCUCAUGCACUCUCCUAUAGCCUCAGCUACAGUCCCAGCUCCGGGACCCCGGCUCCCCAUGGGGCAGAUGCCCAGAGCCUGAAGAACGCAGAGAAGCUACAGCCUUCUUGGGCCAGGGAAGCCAUGGUGAGGUCCACAGGCCCAGAUGCGGUGGCUUUGGGGGCAUCUUGCUGUCUUGGAGAAGACUGGCUACGCCCCGGGCAUGGAGGCAGGGCUGGCAAGGCUAUGAAGUCAGGGAGAGUCCUCACAGUCAGCAGAGGGUCACAAGGACACCUCAAAUCACCCAUUUUGGAGCAGGCACAGUUCAGGGACAGCUGGGGGAGACAGCAGCCGGAUCAGAGGAGACACAGACACACAGAUGGGAAUGCCCACAAUUUUAGGUGGGUUUUUUUGUUUUGUUUUUGUUUUUUUAAAGCAGUGCUGGAGAUCAAACCCAGGGCCUCACACACACUAAGGCAAGCACUCACCAUUGAGCCAUACCCUAGCCCUCCAGGUGGCCUCUUUAAGAACAAAGUUGCCUGAUAUCCUAAGAGGCAGCCAGGACAUUGGGGGAAGAACAGCCAGGACAUCUGCCUGCAUUGGGGUGGGGGCAUCCCCCUUUUCUUACCUGCACCAGAGCCCAGAAGCAAUAAGGCUGAGGCCAGGGCAGUGCUGCGCAGGCCUUCCAAACCACCCCAGACAAAGCUCCUCUCAGGGCAGGUCGGCCACACAUUUGUGUGUUUGAGGGAUCUGAAGCAAAGAUGGAACUUAGCAACUCUUUAAGGCUGAAGCUGUAGAACAGACAGGUCAUGGGAUUCUCAUCACCCAAAUUCCCUACCACUCUGCAGUGUGGCCAGAUGUCUGUACACAAAUGGGAUCAGGAUGAUGCUUUGGCUGGGCUGGCUGAAGAACACCUUGGUGUAAAUCUGUCUAGCAGUUUCCAUGAGAAAGGAACUCAAAGUAGCUUAAGAUAUGGAGUUCCACUGUGAUGCAGUUGAUGCCUCUGUACAUAGCCCCGCAGUUCCUUCUUCGCUAGGGAGCCACUUUGGUCAAAGCGUGCUCAAGCUCAUCUCUUAGAAGUACUCACUAGAAUCUUCCCUCACUCUCAGCAUUCAGCUCCUGCUCCAGGAUGGGAGGCCAGUGCCCACAGCUGGCUUUCUUUCCUUCUCUAUCCUCCUUGGGAAGUAAUAAUCCCAGUUUUAGUGAACAUGGGUUCCUGGCCUAUGCACUGUGACCCAGGCUGACUGUUAGCCUCUGUGCGCUCUGUGGCUGCAACACCACCCUUAUGCCCUGUGGCCCGCAGGGUAGGGGGGCCCACUUCUCAGAGCAAGCCUAUGUGACACCAUGGUGCUCCCCAAGAGACAGGGAGGAAGCCUUCCUCUCUGAGCCCCUUCUCUGCUCACAGUGCCCCUGCCCUGCUAGAGUACCCUCAGGCAGAAUCAGAUGUAGCAUUGACGUGCAGUCUCUCGGGGAUUCCUGCAUCACUCCAGGGAAAGGCUGUCUUCCUGCAAAGGCUUGUUUCCAUGCUAGUGGCAGGUAGUUGCCCCAGUCCCACUGCCACCUGUGGCCGAGAGGGUGGAUGAACUCUUUGGGACCUCAACAUGGGAAUGCUGCAGAACACUGUAACAAGGCUGUGGGUGAAGCCAGAGUUUCUCACCUUUACGGACACUUUGGGGCAAUCUCCAGUCAGUUGUGACAUUCACAAGUAUCUAGAAAGGCUGCCAGAUAUCCCUGGGACUUGCCCCUACUCAGUACCACCCGGUCAGCUAUUGGUCUGCCGUGUGUCAAUGUUCAGAGUGGUGGUGGCAUCCACUUCCCCACUGCACUGGACCCUGUAUUACAAAGCUGCCACCCCUCAAGUCAGUCCAAGACCAGAAUUUUCCACAAGCCUUCAGGGGGCCCUUCAGGUGGGGGAAGGGGUGAGCCACAAGCAGAUGCCACGCUGCCAGGUCUCACAUCUCUGCUCCUGGUCCACGCUCGGCACCACCCUCCUUCCCUAGAGAGGAAAACCUCCUUCCAUUUGUUUUUCUUGGCCACUAGAAGCAACAGGGACUUAAGAGUUUGUGACCUUCAGCAGGUUAGAUAUCUAAUCAGAUAUCUCUAGCAGAUCUUCAAAGUCUGUGCUAAUCCUGGGAAAGCUCAGGACUUUUUGAAGUGGUCCCAUAGCUGUUGUCACCGACCAUCUUCCUCAGCAGCUCUUCCUCGAAGGAAUCCCGGCAGCUUAGGGAAGCAGGCUGCAGAAAGAUGCAGGUGGGCUUGCUGCAGGACGCGCUGAGCAGACACCAAGCGCGGCCCUCAGAUGCUUGCCUCUCCCACCUGGCUUUGACACUGGUUCGUGGGCCUGGGUGGGGGCAAAUCUCUGAAUCUUUCUGUGCCUCAGUAUCCCUGCCUGUAAAUGGUACUAGUCACAAUAACCUACCUCCUCUUCUGUCUUGCGAGGAUUAUGGAAUAGCACUUUUUAAAGAAAAAAAAACCUUGCAGUCUCUCAAGUCUAGGCCAAUGACUCACAUUUGACAGAUCAUUGCUGUGCAGGGAUUUUCCAGAGUCCUCUGACCACAAUGUCUUCCACCUAAGCCUCCUUGUGACCAGGACAAGUAUGGAUUACUCAGCUGUCUGGCUGGAGGAGAUAGAAGAGGCAUUUAAAGGUGUCAUAUGACCAUAGACAGUAACACCCCAAGUGCUCCACUGCCAGGGAGGUCUGGUGCUCCGUUCAAGUGCAGGGAAGAAGCUUCCUGUCAGUAAUCUCGUGGCUUCAAGCAGAAGCCCCCACCAAGCCAAGGAGACAUUAACCUGGCAUUCUACCUCCUUGGUCACUAAGUCCUGGUGUCCAAGGGUUCCCUCACCCACAAGUUCUCUGCAGAGCGCUGAUGACUGCCGCGACUUCGCUUUCUGACCUAUUAGGGGAGAAGACUCAAGGACGAUAUUAACUUCAAUUGGACGGAGUUGCGAGUUGACUCAAUGCUGUUCCCUCAAGGGGCACAGCUCAUGGUAGCCACAGCCUCCAAACUAGUCCUAGGAAAGGCCCUCGGGCUUGUGGGCCAGUAAAGUGGGCACUGGGCACCAGAGCACGUCCCCCGGGCGAGGCUUCAGGGCCAGAAAGGGGCUGCUGGUGGCUGUGAAAGCAGGACUUGGGGGUGCGCGCUCCAGGAGACAGGCUUGGGACAGCCAUUCCAAUCCCUCCCGCUGGAGACUGGACUUCUUGAGCCCCGCAGGGUCUCAGCACUGGCAGGGGGAAGUGGGCAAAGCAGAAAUGUAAAUGCAUGAUGUAGAAUUGCUGCCUUCGCACUACGCUGUUGUAUUAAGCAUGAGAGGUGUUUGUUUAACGUUGGCAAAGGAAUUUAACACGAAAAAAGCUGUGUCUUUGUUUUGGCUGUCGACAGACCUUCCAUUUUCCUGCCUUUCUUUGUCCCCUUUUCCCAUACCCCUCAUCAUUUCACUUUGUCCCUAGUAGUUAGUAUUUGGUGACAGAUCUUGGUCCUGGGGCUGUUUAUGUUCCACGGAAAACACAGAGGGGUGGGCAGUGGUAAGGAAAGUAAUUUUUUCUAAUUUUUGUAUUGGUAUCCACAAGCGUUUGUAUUUUUUUAAUUGCAAACACUGUGUGUUGUGGUCUUUGGCAGUUGGUUGCAUUUUCUGUAUGACCUUUUGAAAAACUUGAGUUUUACCACAGUCUUAAGCAGAUUUGAAAUAAAUUCUUUUGACACUGCCAGCAA